AUGCGCUAUCAACAGCUGAAGAUCUAUCAUGGGCUUUGCCCUCAAAAGAAGGCCCCCAAGCCUCGCUAUGCAACCCUGAGGACUCUGUAUCUUCCAGACUCGCACGGGACCGAGAUCCUUGACGCAGCAGCUCUGGUACUGUACUUUCCAAACCCAGAGACAGUCACUGGCGACGAUGUGUUGGAGUUGCAUGUUCACGGGGGCAGCGCAACUGUGAAAGCUGUUCUGUCAGCAAUCCCCAAAUGCAUCGGCGAGGGACAUAUACGAUAUGCGGAACCUGGGGAGUUCACGAAGCGGGCAUUCCUCAAUGAUCGUCUCGACCUUGCGCAAGUGGAGGCGCUGAGUGAGACUCUCUCGGCUGAAACUGAGCAACAGCGACGAGCUGCGGUGCGUGGUAGCUCGGGUUCUUUGGGACGUACUUACGAAGAAUGGCGGCUGAAGCUCUUGCAAGCUCGCGCUGAGAUGGAGGCGCUCAUUGACUUUCAAGAGGACCAGCACUUUGACGAGUCUCCGACGUCUCUUGUCAGCAAUGUGACUGAUCAAGUCAAGGCGAUUCUCAAGAGUAUAAAUAUACAUGAACUAGCCAGCGAACGCAGCGAGCUACUCCGAAACGGCAUCAAAGUCGCCCUCCUCGGCCCACCAAACGCCGGCAAAAGCUCGCUCAUGAACCUACUCGUCGGCAGAGAGGCAUCGAUCGUCUCAGGCGAGUCUGGAACAACACGCGAUAUCAUCGAGGCCAAUCUCGAUAUCCGCGGCUACCUGUGCACCUUCGCAGAUACAGCUGGGUUCCGGACCCUUACCGAAACUGGCCGCACAGACCCGAACCAGCCUGGCGCAAAGAUAGGGGCUAUCGAGGAUGAGGGCAUCCGCAGGGCGAAGGCGAAAGCCCUGCAAUCUGAUGUCAUCAUCGUGCUCGCCUCCGUGGAACAGGGUCCAAGUGGUGGCUUCGAGCUCUGCUACGAUCUCGAAACACUGAAGCUCGCAGCGGACUGCCAGGAACGCAUGGUGGUAGUGAACAAGAGAGACGCGGUCUCUAAGCAAGACCUUCGUGCCCUCGUCGACGCCUUCAGAGACACGACGUUGAGGCAAAUCCCCGGGCUCGAAGACGUCCAGCCCGUGCCCAUCUCGUGCAAGGAGGCGGAGGCGCAGAUUCAGAGUUCUGACCACCAGGCUGAUCCUGAUCCUGAUCCGGGCGGGAUCCGCCUCGUGGCGGACCGAUUGGUCUCAUCCUUCCAGGAUAUGACAUCGCUGCCCGCCACCUUGCAGGACUUGCAUGGCGUGACCGAGCGCCAGCGGCAGCUCCUCAUGCAGUGUCGAGGCGGCCUGGAGGGCUACGCGGACACGGUCGGCAGCGUCGAUGGCGGGUAUGAGGAAGAUGGGGCCGGGGAGGUCCCUGAUAUCGACAUUACCAUGGCGGCCGAGCACCUCCGGUACGCAGCGGGCUGCUUGGGACGUAUCACGGGACGUGGCGAGGCGGGUGAUGUUGAGGAGAUCCUCGGGGUUAUCUUUGAGAAGUGA